AUGAGUUCUUGUGCAGAAUUUUAUGCUAAAGUGGAAGAUGAAAAAAGGGAGCAGCAUGUAAUACCCAUUAAAAAUAUUAAAAAAUUCAACGUUGAAGUAUGGGAAAAAAACCAAAUAGAAUUAAAGUUAAAGUAUUUUAAAGUGAAAAUACCAAUUAUUAAUAGUGAAGGCGAAGAAAUUAUUGAAAAGAGGAAAGCUGUGAUUUUGAAAGUUUCAGAUAGUCAAAGUUCACUGGAAAGUAAAAGAUGUGCGCCACCCCCAUCUCAUCUUCUGAAUGAUCUGUCUGAGUCAACAAAUAGUGACAGUUUGGACGAAUCAAAAAAUAAUGUUUCAAAAGGCAAGAGUAAAAAACUAUUAAGAGAGAAGGAUAUGAAUAGGAAAUUCAUUGAUGAGAUUAUGCAUCAGGAAGUUCUAAUUAUUAACCAUAAAGAUGAGGUGAUAGAUGAGAUAGAACAAGAAAAAUUGGAGAGAUGCCCUUCCAAUCAGCAACUUAUAAAAAAAAUUGGAAGAUUGGAAAAGGAAUUAGAAGAAGAGAAAAAAAAAUGUAACCAUGGAAUAACUUUUUACGAAAAAGCUAAAGCGGAAAUAAGAAACCUGCAAAACGAAAAUUUCCUUCUAAAAAACCAAAUUAAUAAAUUAGAAGAGGUCAAAUUAGAAGCAAAAAGACAUCAAGAAGAAAACUUAAUUCAAAAACAAAAAAUUUGCGAUCUAGAGGAAGCAUUGGUCAACAAGGACGGAAAUAUUCCAUCUCCAAUAGUUUUUUUGAACGACUCUGUCGGUGUCAACAAGGAUAAGUUCAAUCUUCUAAAGAUAUCAACCAGAAAAGCUUCAGUGUUUAUCGGCAACUUAGCGGAAUUAGUUUUUGGUGCAGAAACAUUAAGAACCCAUUCGGUUUUCGGCAAAGCCAAUAACAAAUCUAAAGUGGAAAAAAAACCGCGACUAGAAGAAAGCAAACUGCAUGCAGUUUAUGCUGGAUUUGUUAAUUGGGCUGAAGAUCAAAGGUGGACUGAGAAAACAUUCGAAAAAGAGUCGUUAAAUUUUUUUAAAUCCAUAAAUUAUAAAAGAACAACUCUUUUAAGUAAAAGAAAGGAUAUAAAAAAUAAACAACAUUCAAAAAAUUUGACUAAAACUAAAAACGUAAAUCAAGAAAGCAGAGUGGCAAUAGGUGAUAAAAAAGGAGAAGAACAGAAUGAUGACAAAGAAGCAGACCUAGAAACAAACGAGGAAGUGGAAAAUGAUGAGAUGGAUCCACAAAGAAGUUUUGAUGCAAUUUUUCAAAAUGCAAUUGACAAUGAUUUAAUCCAAGAAAUGCAGGAAAAUUUUUGUGACGACGUACAGGAACAAUAUAAAAAUGAAAUUUACUCACAAGAUGUACCCGAAGAAGAGCAAAAUAAACAAAUGUCUCCCAAAAAAAGGAAAGCUAAUGACAUGGAGGAUGAAUCUGAAGAAAAGGAAAAUUUAAACAAGAAACCACGAUACACGGGACUAAAUCCAGAAGCGCACUGGAAAAAAAUAUUGGGCAACAAACAUUUAGUUACAAAUAUUGGACCUAGAAUUCUUUCGUGUCAAAUUUUAAACGAAAAACUGUUUUAG